CCCAAGGUUUCCCCAGACCACUGCUGCGACAAGGACACGGACGUACCGAUACUAAAUUCCACUAAGUCUAGACAAGAAGAUCAAACAACCAUGUUCGCACCACCAGCCUUCUUCCCGCUUCCCCCGAUGCCGGAGCGUGUCGUCCGACAAUACGUACCACCACCCAUGCCUACCUAUGUCGACCCCAACGCACCGGUCCUCCCACCACCCAGCUUUUCCUCGCCCGAGGGGAACUACACGUUGAUUCCCAACAUGAUGACCAAUGCGACCUUGCUCCCACCUCCCAUGCCUAUCCCUUCUGGACCGCCUGCGACCGGGUUUGGGGGGAUGAGUCCGGCGAUGGCCAUGGCGGGGAUGGGAAUGGGAGGAAUUCCGCCGGGCAUGUUUGGGAUGGGAGGAGGACCGCCUGCUUCGGCGAGUCCUGUAGCUCCUGGUGGACCUGUUGCUGGACCCGCUUUCGGGCAAGGGAACGGGACGAACGGAGUCCCUAACCCUUGGCCUAUCCGGGCGAACUUUGUCACGUUCAGUAUCAACGGGAACGGGAAGACUGGAAACGAGGGUAACAAUCAGAGUAGCGGAGGGUUCGGAGGGUUGCUCGGACGAGGAGGAGCCAAGAAGCAAGAACAGCAGCAGCAACAGGCCGUCAAGAAGACCGACAACGCCGGUUCUUCCGACGAGGACGAAGAUGAUUCGGCUCAGAACAAGUUGCAAUACGAAGCUACUUACGGAGCUCGUGGACCAGGAGGAAAAUCACGACUCCCACCUCGACCGAAGAACAACCUUCGAUCGACAAACUCUUCCUUCGUCACUCGAGUGUCGGCCUCUGAAUCGUUCUCCAGACUAGUCAGCAACCCUCCUCACCUAGACCCUACCGUCUACUCGGCUUCACACUUUUCCAACACCCCACCGAGAGGCUCGAACCCCCCGGUCACUCACUGGGCGUUCAUGAACACCGGACGAACCCUCGUUUGGGCGUAUGUAGACCCGGCGGGGAAACAAAAGGAACCGAUCAUGAGGAUGUGGUUUUCUGCCAAUAUCACCGCGCAUGCGGUUUGUGAGACGACCAAGGUUGCGCCUGGGUUGCAGGGGGAGAGGCUGGAUAUCAUGGUCGGUUUCGCGACGGGUGAUCUGGUUUGGGUCGAUCCCAUCUUCGGAAAGUACACCAGGUUCAGCAAAGGAGGUAUCGUCCACCCCUUCCCGAUCGCCCAGAUCCGCUGGCACCCUCGUAUCCCGACUAUCUUCUACGUCCUCUACACCGACGGCAACAUCUUCACAUUCAGCACCGAAAAAGAAGACCCGCCUUAUCUCGUCACCACCGUCGCUGCGCCCUGGGCGGCGGGGAUGAGAGACGCGGUUCUCAAGACUGAAGAAGAAGCUCAAGCUCGUCCCGUCGGUACCCACAGCUCAAUCCUCGGUCUCGACGGGACUGACCCAGCAACCGCUGCAGAGGGGACAGCCGGCCUGGAUGCCGAGGUCAAGAUCGAGAUCGAGCGACAACGGGCUAAACGGGCCGAGAUGAUGUUCAUCUGGAAAAACGAGGAACAGGUCGUCGAUAAAAAGGUCCUCGAGAAACAACAUGGAGGUGGAGGCGGGCUGAUGAGUUGGGCGGGGAGGAACCCUAGCGUCGUCUGGAAGGUCGGGGUCAAGGGUGUUCGACAAAUGGAAUUCUCGCCCGAUGGACAAGUCUUGGCGGUCAUCUCGGAGGAUGGGACGCUCAAGCUCAUCGACGUUAACAGCUCAAAGAUCAUGGACGUAUAUGCAGGAUAUUAUGGUGCUCUAACUACGCUCGUCUGGAGUCCGGAUGGCAGAUAUGUCCUGACCGGUGGUCAAGACGACCUCAUUACGAUCUACUCGCCCAUCGAAGGCCGGAUCGUCGCCCGUUGUCAGGGUCACACGAGCUACGUUACUUCGAUCACGUUUGACCGAAGACGGAGCAACGCUCGAGGGUACCGAUUUGGUAGCGUCGGCGAGGACGGCAAGAUCCUGUUCUGGGACUUUUCGGCUGCGUCACUACAGCGACCGAGGCAUGGUCAUGCCCAUCAUCGUCUGAGUAUCGGAUCGGUUACCGACCUUACAGCAGGAGGUCGUCGCGACGAGACUCAAACCGCUGGAGAUGAGGUUGCGUUGAGCGGAGGUGGGACCUACCAUGGCGCUCCCCUGCGAAGCGAUGUCGCCAUGCUGCAGCCUGUCAUGACCAAGCUCAUCGAGCCGUGCAUGAUGAACCAACUCAAUUUCUUGCAAGAAGCCGUCGUCACCGUCUCACGAGCAGGAGGUAUCAAGUUUUGGGCUAGACCGGCAGACCUGCGUCGACUCCUGAAGAGCCAACAGAAGGAACGCAGCAAGUCGCCUGGCAGGGCGCCUGCACCGGGCUUACAGGCUGGGAUGAGGAACUUGAGGGUAUCUGGGACGACUAGAUAACCAAGGCACCACGAUUGCCGCUCAUCUGAAAAAGGAAGAUUGUAGGAUAGUUACUAUUACAACGUUGUAAUCGCAUGUAGUUGUCGAAACAAGUCAAAGUCGUGGCAAUAAUAGGCCGAGAGUUGCGUGAGAUAUACAUCGACGUUGCAGAAUUACCCGCAGAGAGCGCAUGUGGUCUGGGAAGGAAGGCCACGGAUAUAACGAUAGGCUAGUCGUCUUCCACUUCAGCCUGUUCUACGGUCAUCCCCAAGCCGUCCUCGUCAUACGCGGGCCAAC